UUAUCCAUUUUUACAAGACUGGCUUGUGCUAUAGAUGUCUUUCAGUUACAUUUUAUGUCGGAAGUCGUCUUGGAUUAGAUGAGUACUUGGGCAUCGAUCAGUGAUACUUAAUGUUGACAUAUUAAUUCCUCCAAGUUCUAUGCUAUACUUGGUAUCUGUCAUAUAGCAGUAUGCCGUGCUCUGUUCUUGUAACGGGUGCCAAUGGAUUCCUGGGUCAGCAUGUUGUCAAACUGUUGCAUGAAAAGGUGGACUUUGUUGAAUACAUUGUCUUAUUAGACAAGGAGACUUUCGUCCAGAAAAUAGAUUACAAGCCGAAGAUUACAGCAGAAUGUAUAACUGGUUCCAUCACGGACCCGGAAGUGGUCAGGAGAGCUGUGAAGAAAGUGGACUGUGUGAUUCACUUAGCAGCGGUCAUCAGUGUCGGGACAUUCCCCAAUGUCAAGGCCAUGAAGGAGGUCAAUGUUAAAGGAACAACUUUGUUAUUAGAAGCCUGUGUGGAGUCCAAUGUUGGUAUCUUUAUAUCCUGCUCUACACAGGAUACGGCCUUAGAUAUGUCGGACCAAUCAAAUAUUGACGAGACGUACUCUGUGGAACCACACAAUCUCUGCUUCGGAGAUUAUGCAAGGACAAAAUUAGAGGCAGAGCACAUCGUACUAGGAAAACACGGAACACCUCUAAAUAAUGGUGAACGUUUACGAACGGUUGUACUUCGGCCAGGAGUAAUGUAUGGAGAACUUGACCCUAUUUUUGUGACGGCCGUCAUACAUGCUACCCGCAAACAAGGUGGCGUUCUGUAUCACUUUGGUAAUCCUAAUUCAUAUUGCCAAAACGCAUAUGUUGGCAACAUGGCAUGGGGAUUUGUUUGCGCCUUAAAUAAACUAUAUCACGAUAAGUCGGCAGGGGGAGAGGCAUAUUUCGUUGGAGACGAAACCCCUCUUAUGGGGUUGUUUGAAUUUAAUGAACUCUUCAUAAAACUUCAUGGAGGUGAACUGGCAAGAAGACCAAUUCCUUAUCUACUGAUGCUGACCAUUGUUCUACUGUUGGAGUGGAUUGUUUGGUUAAUAUCCCCUUUAAAACAAAUAAACUUACCCGUAACUUCAUCAACAGUUCGAUACACAAACAAAAAGUGGAGUUACUCUUAUGAAAAAGCCAAAAAGGAACUGGGUUAUUCCCCUUUGUAUAACUGGGAAGACAGUUAUCGUCGAUCUAGCGAGUUCUACAAAUCCAUAAAAUGACUUAAACAGUUAUGAAUAUAUCUAUUAACUAUAAAGAUAUAGAAACACCUUUUAUUAGUUCCUGUAAAAUAUUAAAGACUUAGUUUCACUUUUGUUCGUUUUGGCAAGUCGAACAAAAAUUAGUUCAUCAGAAAAUUAUCUCCCUUGCUUUGAACAGCAUUUCAGCCAAUGAAAUAAUUGGAAAUGUUUACAUCAUGCAUUUUCUACCAAUCACAAAAGAGAGGUAGUACAUAGUCCGAAGACUGUAAUAUACUUCAACUGUGUAUACCGUUCCAAGUAAGACGGUAAUCAGUCACUGAAAAUUUGCAACACACACACACACACACACACAUCCUCACACACACACACACACAUACACACACACA